AUAAUGGCUGUAUUAUUAAAGUUAAAAUUAAAAUAUUAUAAUAUCCAUUGACAUAUUCAUCCUCUCAUGCAAGUCCAACCUCUUAAGCAAUUGUUUAUAACUUUUUCAGAUAAUCUUCCAAAUGAUAAAGGCAAACGGUUAUUCAUAAUUGGACGUUUUCUUAAAGAAUACUAGGAUAACUCAGAUUCAGUCCAGAUUCACUUGUUAUUCUUCUGCUUCCUCAUCAUCAUUUUUUCUUCUUCCUUUUUCUGAAUUUUGCAGAAAGUUUUCAUUUUUCCUUCAAAAAUGGCAUCUUUUAGCAUGACCCAGAUCAGGACUGGUAAUUAUACAUCUGGGUUUUCCUUGAAUUAUCCUAACAAGGUUUAUGCUCGUCCUAGUAGAAUUGGGUUUAAGGUUUUUGCUUCUGAGAGUGAAUCAUCUUCAGAGCCUGAUCUUAGUGUUACUGUUAAUGGUUUGCGUAUGCCCAAUCCAUUUGUUAUUGGAUCAGGUCCACCCGGAACUAAUUACACUGUCAUGAAAAGAGCUUUUGAUGAAGGCUGGGGUGCUGUCAUUGCUAAAACUGUAUCUCUUGAUGCAGCAAAGGUUAUAAAUGUAACUCCUCGAUAUGCUCGGCUACGGGCUAAUGGAAAUGGCUCGACAAAAGGAGAAAUUAUUGGGUGGCAGAACAUUGAACUUAUCAGUGAUAGACCACUUGAAACCAUGUUGAAAGAAUUUAAGCAAUUGAAAGAUGAGUACCCUGACAGAAUUCUCAUAGCUUCAAUCAUGGAAGAGUACAAUAAAGCCGCUUGGGAAGAGCUUAUCGAUAGAGUUGAACAAACUGGAGUUGAUGCAAUUGAAAUAAACUUCUCGUGUCCUCAUGGUAUGCCGGAACGCAAAAUGGGUGCUGCUGUUGGGCAAGAUUGUGCUCUUCUGGAAGAAGUUUGUGGAUGGAUAAAUGCAAAAGCUACUGUUCCAGUUUGGGCCAAGAUGACUCCCAACAUAACUGAUAUUUCACAGCCAGCAAGGGUUGCUCUAAGUUCAGGAUCCGAGGGAAUAGCUGCUAUAAAUACAAUCAUGAGCGUGAUGGGAAUCAAUCUCGAUACAUUACGUCCUGAGCCUUGUGUUGAGGGGUACUCAACUCCAGGCGGUUAUUCUGCAAAGGCGGUCCAUCCGAUCGCCCUUGGGAAGGUUAUGAGUAUUGCAAAAAUGAUGAAGGCAGAGUUUGAUAGUGAGAAUUAUUCACUUUCCGCCAUUGGUGGUGUUGAGACAGGUGGUGAUGCUGCUGAGUUUAUUCUUCUUGGUGCAAAUACUGUCCAGGUAUGCACUGGGGUUAUGAUGCAUGGCUAUGGUCUUGUGAAGAAGCUUUCUGUUGAGCUAAAAGACUUCAUGAAAAAACACAAUUUCAAAUCAAUAGAAGAUUUCAGAGGGGCAUCUCUUGAGUAUUUUACUACACACACAGACUUGGUGAAAAGGCAGCAAGAAGCAAUAAAGCAAAGGAAAGCAAUAAAGAAAGGAUUGCAAUCUGAUAAAGACUGGACAGGAGAUGGUUUUGUGAAAGAAAGUGAAAGCAUGGUUUCUAAUUAAGAAACUUUUCUUGUAUGAUUUAUAUAUUAUGUUGUUCAUGCAAAUGGGGUGGUGAAGGACUUUGUUAUCUUUGUUCAUUAAUAAAUUGAUAUUUGUCCUUCUAAGAACAAUGAAGUAUUUAAUAUCAGAGUUGUUUGGUUC